AUGGGCAAAGGCAAUGGAACUAUUGCCAGCCACCCACUUGAAUUAGUCCAUGUUGACCUCUUGACCCAUUUCUCAGACCAAACUGAAUUCACCAGUGUGCUGGUGGCAAUUGACAAUGCCUCCAGUUUCACUUAUGUGAAACCCCUAUGCAGAAAAGCCAAUGCACUCCAUGUUUUUCAAGAAUGGAUCAAAUAUGCCAAAAUUCAGACCAGAUGCCAAUUGAAAAUCAUACACUCCAACAAUGGAGGAGAAUGGAGUUCGAAUGUUGCCAUGCAUUGGCAAAACAAAGCUGGCUUCAGAUGGAAAAAAUCAUCAGUCUAUACCAGUAAACAAAAUGGCAAGGCCAAAAGAACCAUUUGCACAAUCCAAAACAUCAUAAAUUCAAUGCUGCACACCCAUCAACUUCCCCAAACAUUCUGGCCAUACACCAUUGAAGCCACAGCCUUCACCAAAAAUUUACUACUGAACAUCAAAAAUAAAAUCCCAUAA